AUGUCAUCACUCAGAAAAAUCGAAAAAAUCGAAAAAAAAAAUAAAAGACAUUCCAAAAGAUUAUCUUUACAUAAUUUAUUAAACAUUGUAUUCCCUCAAAAAGUAAAUUCUCCAUCUCCAUUAUCACAUAUUCCCGCGAAUUAUUUAACUCACGAACAAAAAAGAGAAAAAUGUGACGAAUUAUUUAAACUUGCAUCUAAUUCGUAUAGACGUAUGAUAUCGCAGUUAGAUAAUGAUAAGAGAAUCAUUAUGUCCACUUAUUAUAUCCUUCUUCGAGGAAUGGAUACUAUUGAAGAUGAUAUGACAAUUCCCGCCGAAAAGAAAAUCACUAUUUUAAGAAAUUUUUAUAAAUUGGUUCAACAAAGAGGAUGGACUUUUAAUAAAUGUGGUCCUAACGAGAAGCAUCGUCAAUUAUUAGUAGAAUUUGAUGUUAUUAUCGAAGAAUUCUUAUCAUUUAGCCCAGAAAUACAGGAUAUUUUUGUUGAUGUUGUUAAAGAUAUGGGUAAUGGAAUGGCAGAUUAUAUACUCCUUCAAGAAAAAUCAAAAUAUUAUGUGAUUACUAUAGAAGAUUAUGAUAGAUAUUGUUUUCACGUUUGUUCAAUUUUCUGUCUUGGAUUUGGAAGAAUUAUGAAUAUUUUAAAUCCCGAAUUACCAGACACCGAUGAAAAUUAUUAUUUGAUAAAAGACGUAUCAUUUUUUAUACAAAAAUUGGAUAUUAUUAAAGAUUUUAGAGAGGAUUUUCAUCAAAAUCGAGUAUAUUGGCCACGAGUGAUUUGGAGUCAAUAUGCGAAUGAUGUUUCCGAAUUUUUAGAUCCUAAUAAUAAAGAACGAGCAUUAAAAUGUUUAUCAGCCAUGACUUUUAAUGCUUUAUCACAUCUCAUAAAUAGUUUGGAAUUUUUAUCUAAGAUUAAUGAUCCAGUGAUAUUUGAAAUUAUAGCUCUGUCAAUUGCUGUAGAGUUCGCGUAUUUAACUUCGAUAUUUAGAAAUCAUGAUGUUUUUACUAAGCACGUAACAUAUCAAGGGAUUAAUGAGGUUAAAUCACAAUGUAAAAAUCUUAGAGACAUAUGCAUCCUUUUUAAAUCUAAUGUAAAAACAAUAAUGAAAAAGAAUGAUUUAAAAGAUUCUAAAAAUUAUCUAAAAAUUAAUAAAUCUUGUAAAAAGAUUGAACAAUGGUGCGAUAGAUAUCUUUCUAAUAAAAUGACCAUGUAA